AUGGAGAAGUCGGACAAGGUCUGCUUUGCCUUCGUGGCGGGGAAGUGCGCCUUCGGACGACAGUGCCACGACAAGCACCCGGAUGAGGCUUCCUGCCAGAGCAUCAAAGAGCGCUAUGGCAAGAUCGACUGCCAGUGGGGCCGCGGUUGCCGAACCGACGGGUGCUUGUACCGGCAUCCGAGCGACGAGCCCGUCGGCCCGGCCUUGCGCCUCGAGAUGAAGCCGCAGCCAGCUGUGUAUGCGCCAGGUUAUGCAAAAGUCCCCCCUUUCAAGGUGACCUCGGUGACCCCUGAGCUCGCCAACGACAACGACCGCAACGGCCGCGACGACCUACCGGUCUUCCGACACCUGGACGACCGGGACGAGAACUCACGAGAUCGCCCGCAGCGAGACCGUCUACAAGAAUGGCUCGAGGAGCAAGACGCGCAAGAGCUUGAAGAGCUGAGAGCGUCCAGCUCAAUCGCUCCAGCAUCUCCAGUGCCUUUGCGUGCGCCCUUAGACGAGGAAGAAGAGGAGCAGGAACGCCAGGAGCAGCUCGCUGCCACUCUGCGCUUCAUGGGCUUUGUGGAGGAGCCGAGUCUCGGACCGGCGGUCGGGCCGGCGCCCGGGCCUGCGCCUGCGCCCGCCAACCUCCUGGACCUGGACCGGCCUGAAGGCCGGGAAUUCCCGCGCCGCAACCCGGCCGCUCCGGGGCCCAACCCGGUCGGGCCGGUCCCCAAACCCUGGCGCCCCGAGCCACCCUCGCUGGCGCCGCCCGGGCCGCCCGAGCAUCUCAACCAGCUUAACGAGCUCAACGAUCUGAACAUGAGAGCCGUCGAAGACCUGCUGCGUGACCAAAUCGACUGA